UUUGCCUCCAAACCAAUCCGGGAAUGCAUACAAUCAUAUCACAUCUAAACACACUUGUUAAACCAGACAGCGUCGUCCUUACCCACCAGACAUAGCGCGUAUCUGUGCAACACUGCCAUCUAUGGAUGUGAGUUCUCGUUCUCCCGCAUCACGUCGUGCGCGUCCAGACGCAGCCGCCUGGACGCGCCUGUCAUCUGGAGGAAACUCCUCCCCGCAGACAGCGCGUCCUGUCGCCUUUCCAGCGCAAUGGUCUCCUGGAUCAUCUCUAGACUUGUGGUACUUGUGUUUGGGACACUGUACCCAGCAUACUCCUCUUAUAAAGCUGUAAAGUCAAAAGAUGUGAAAGAAUAUGUGAAAUGGAUGAUGUACUGGAUAAUAUUUGCCCUAUUCACUGCUGUGGAAGUGUUUACAGACAUGUUUCUUUGUUGGAUUCCUUUCUACUAUGAACUGAAGAUAGCCUUCGUGGUGUGGCUGCUGUCCCCGUACACUAAAGGCUCCAGCGUGCUAUACAGGAAGUUUGUUCAUCCUACACUUUCCUCAAAAGAAAAGGACAUUGAUGAGUAUAUCUGCCAAGCAAAGGACAAAAGCUAUGACACCCUUGUGCAUUUUGGGAGAAAAGGGCUGAAUGUUGCUGCCACAGCUGCAGUUAUGGCUGCAACAAAGAGCCAAGGGGUCCUGUCAGACAGACUGAGGAGUUUCAGCAUGCAGGAUCUGUCUUCCUUCCAGUCUGACCCCGUUAACCCCGGCCCCACGCAGCCUGCAGCAGCACCGCAGAAGACCAGGACUAUGAUGCGUAGCAAGUCGGAGAGCCACAGCAAGGGACAGGAUUUUGACAUGACCGAGUAUGAGAUGUUGGGUUUGGACCAAUGGGACUCAAAGAAGUUGCUGUCCCAGACCAUUUCCCCUUCUGAAUCUGAAUCCAGCACUAUUGCGCCCUCACUGACACCCAAGUCCUCCACACCUUCCAUACCCUCUCCACCACCCUCUCCUCCAGCUCCGGAGCAGCCUGAGGAGGUGGGGAAAGCACCAAGCUCUCCACAGCUCAGGCUGUUUAAGAAGAAGGCUCCUGAGCCUCCUCUUAGGGUCUUAAGGCCUCUCACAAGAUCCAGGAGGGCUUUCUUCGAACAAUGAAGCCAUGUGAAACUGCCCUAAAAACUACUGACGCUGCCUUUGCUGCAAGAAGUAAAAAUACUGAAUGGCCAAAAGCUACAUGACUAAAGCAGCCUUGCUUUGGAAUAAGGUAUUACCAAAGUGACCUAUGAUGACCCCUCUAUAGAUAGUAUAUGGCUCAUGAUUUAAAAACAGUGACGUUUGUGACAUUGAGAUCGUACAAAUGAAUGAAUGGGCUCCAUGCUGAUACACAUUUUGAGUUUGUGGGUUAUUGAAUAUGUAUUUAUGUACAGAUUGUGUGUACUUCAUCUUUCUGAUUUUAUUGUUUUUAUAUAUCAGGUUUGGGUAGGCAAUUGCAUGUGUCUUCCCAGUUAUUAGUACGCUGUUUAUUGAACAGAAAGUACUGUCACUGAAUAGUUAAACAGGCAUUGAGAGCAACAUGGUCACUCUUAGAGAAUGUGUUAAAAGCAAAGAAUCAAAAGAAAAGGCUGUUUUACCCCCAUUCAAUAUCAAGAAACAUCUGUGAUCAGCUGAGUUCUGCACAGUUUAAUUAUUACAUUAAGGUCUUCAGGAAUCACCCAAAAACCUAUUCCAAGAUGAGACAACCUACCUUUGUAAUAAUGAAAGGUCAGACAGCAGUGGCAGACAAUAUUCUGUUAUUUACCUCUCUAUUAAAGCCUUAAUGCAAGACAUCAAAAUACAAAAUGUUUCCACACUAUAUAAGUAUUUCUAUCACAACUAUGUUCACAUUAAACAAUCAUUUUGCACUAUGUUUAAAAUAUACAAUUGCUGCCCUUAAUUCUCUGAAAUGGCCAAAAAUUACAACAAAAUAGUAACUGAAUAUUAUUACAAAUAAGUAUAUUGUUAUUGCUUAAAUCUUCUGUGUGAAAUAAAUAAUUACUCUGUAACAAGUAAUAGCAUUUGCAUUACGGAUAAAUGAAGUCACUACUUCAAGAAGUUUCCUUAGUAAAGCAGACUGUUUGUCAGCACAUUUUGUCCUUUAAUUGACAAUUUAAGGCCAAUUAAGAAAAAGUCCCUUUCAGCUAUAGCAGAAAAAAGAUGAGAAUUUAUUUACUGUAUAUUAACAUGGUUCUUUUUCCAUGUUUGAAAUCACUGUGUCGUGUUCUGCUGUUAACUGAGCAACACGAAACCCAAUGAUCUUACCUUCUACUUGCUUAGUUUUUAGGAGGGACUUUAUUUCUUUGCAGGUUUACAAACUUGUAUUAAGUAAAUAUUGCAUGGUGAUCAAGUUUGUUUUCAUUAUGUACUUAAUUCACUGAGCCUGAAUCAUAGCAACAUUUUACACAAAGUAUCACUCUGUUGGACGUCUGCUGCAGAUGUAUUGUUGUCAUCGUCGUAUCUGUAUCAUUAGGGUGGUUUGAAGUUUGAAACAAAAGCUUCUCAGGUACAACUGCUCUGUUUACACGUCAUUCACUCGGAUGUUGUAGAUGCACUUGUUAUGCUCAAAAUGUCCUUUUAAUGGAUAAAGGAUGAAAAAUCUGAUUGUGUCACAAUGUGAGUAUAAGUGUUUGUGCUGGAGGGGAUUUCCUUCUAUUAAAAGUCAUGCAAAGUAAAACAGAGAAAAAAAACAUGUGGCUAAGUAGCAGUUUUGUAAACUUGUGUGAAACUCAUCAUUGCAUGAUGUUUGUUAUUAAUUUGUAUAAACAUUGGAUUUUUAAAAUGAUUUUGUUAAGAUGCCUUGCUGGUAAACAAUUGUCAUUUUGGUUGCUUUGUUGAAAGAAUAUGAAAUGCAACGACUAUACACACGUUGGCUAUACAUAUAUAUGAAUAACGUCUUAUUUACCGAUAAAUUAGCCACUUUAACUUUAAUGAGGAGACACCACUUAAGUUACCCUAAGACAUUUUGUUCUGGCAGGCCAGAAUAUCAAAUUACUAACAUUUUAACUUGAUUGUGAAAUAUAAAACAAAGAGCAGUGAAGUGGUAACCUGAUGGUUCAUUUGUCAAUUUAUUGUUCUAACUAGGUUAAAUAUUUGUUUAAA